AGGCGGCUGCGGCGGCAAAAUGAAGAUAUUCGUAGGAAACGUCGAUGGGGCGGAUACGACGCCGGAGGAGCUGGCAGCCCUCUUCGCGCCCUACGGCACGGUCAUGAGCUGCGCCGUCAUGAAACAGUUCGCCUUCGUGCACAUGCGCGAGAAUGCGGGCGCGCUGCGCGCCAUCGAGGCUCUGCACGGCCACGAGCUGCGGCCGGGGCGCGCGCUCGUAGUAGAGAUGUCGCGCCCACGGCCUCUUAAUACUUGGAAGAUUUUCGUGGGCAACGUGUCGGCUGCGUGCACGAGCCAGGAAUUGCGCAGCCUCUUCGAGCGUCGCGGACGCGUCAUCGAAUGUGACGUGGUGAAAGACUACGCGUUUGUUCACAUGGAGAAGGAAGCAGAUGCCAAAGCCGCCAUCGCGCAGCUCAACGGCAAAGAAGUGAAGGGCAAGCGCAUCAACGUGGAACUCUCAACCAAGGGUCAGAAGAAGGGGCCUGGCCUGGCUAUCCAGUCUGGGGACAAGACCAAGAAACCAGGGGCUGGGGAUACGGCAUUCCCUGGAACUGGUGGCUUCUCUGCCACCUUCGACUACCAGCAGGCUUUUGGCAACAGCACUGGUGGCUUUGAUGGGCAAGCCCGUCAGCCCACACCACCCUUCUUUGGUCGCGACCGCAGCCCCCUGCGCCGUUCACCUCCCCGAGCCUCUUAUGUGGCUCCUCUGACGGCCCAGCCAGCCACCUACAGGGCCCAGCCCUCAGUGUCUUUGGGAGCUGCCUACAGGGCACAGCCUUCUGCCUCUUUGGGUGUUGGCUAUCGGACUCAGCCCAUGACAGCCCAGGCAGCCUCUUACCGCGCUCAGCCCUCUGUCUCCCUUGGGGCCCCAUACAGGGGCCAGCUAGCUAGCCCUAGCUCCCAGUCUGCUGCAGCUUCCUCGCUUGGCCCAUAUGGUGGAGCCCAGCCUUCAGCCUCUGCCCUCUCCUAUGGAGGUCAGCCAGCUGCGGCUUCCUCGCUCAACUCCUAUGGGGCUCAGGGCUCCUCCCUUGCCUCCUACGGUAACCAGCCAUCUUCUUAUGGCGCACAGGCUGCCUCUUCUUAUGGAGUUCGUGCAGCUGCCUCCUACAGCACCCAGGGAGCAGCUUCCUCCCUAGGCUCCUACGGGGCCCAGGCAGCCUCCUAUGGGGCCCAGUCUGCGGCCUCCUCACUAGCGUAUGGGGCCCAGGCAGCUUCUUACAAUGCCCAGCCCUCGGCUUCAUACAAUCCCCAGUCUGCCCCAUAUGCCGCACAGCAGGCUGCUUCCUACUCUUCCCAGCCUGCUACCUACGUGGCACAGCCAGCUACAGCUGCUGCCUAUGCCAACCAGCCAGCUGCCUAUGCUGCACAAGCUGCUACCCCAAUGGCUGGCUCCUAUGGUGCCCAGCCGGUUGUUCAGACCCAACUGAACAGUUAUGGGGCUCAAGCAUCAAUGGGCCUGUCAGGCUCCUAUGGGGCUCAGUCAGCUGCUGCAGCCACUGGCUCCUAUGGUGCCGCAGCUGCCUAUGGGGCCCAGCCUUCUGCUACCCUGGCAGCUCCUUACCGCACUCAGUCAGCCUCAUUGGCUGCUUCCUAUGCUGCCCAGCAGCAUCCCCAGGCUGCUGCCUCCUAUCGUGGCCAGCCGGGCAAUGCCUACGAUGGGGCAGGUCAGCCGUCUGCAGCCUACCUGUCCAUGUCCCAGGGGGCCGUUGCCAACGCCAACAGCACCCCGCCGCCCUAUGAGCGUACCCGCCUCUCCCCACCCCGGGCCAGCUACGACGAUCCCUACAAAAAGGCUGUCGCCAUGUCGAAAAGGUAUGGUUCCGACCGGCGUUUAGCCGAGCUCUCUGAUUACCGCCGUUUAUCAGAGUCGCAGCUUUCGUUCCGCCGCUCGCCGACAAAGUCCUCGCUGGAUUACCGUCGCCUGCCCGAUGCCCAUUCUGAUUACGCACGCUAUUCGGGCUCCUAUAAUGAUUACCUGCGGGCAGCUCAGAUGCACUCUGGCUACCAGCGCCGCAUGUAGGGCCAUCCUGGGAUGGGGCACCACAGGGAGGGGAGAGGAGAGGUGGGGUAGGGUGCAGACCCUGGUUGUAACCACUGGCCCCACACCUCUCCUGUUGGCGGUUUUUCAUUCCCUCUAACCAUGUGGGCCUUCCCCAGGAAAUGAUCCUUAUGAGUGUUCGGCUGUAACCUACUUUGUUCCUUCGCCUCAGCAGCAAAUCUUGCUACUGGCUCUAGAUCUGCGUUUUCCCCUCUCCCCUGCCUCCCAUCUCCCCAGGAUGGGAGUUUCUUUUAUGUUUUUUUUUUCCUGGCUCCCUUUUAUUUUUGUGCGCGAUAUUUAAGGUCAUCUGGAUGGGGAAGCAACCUACAGCUGAGGUCGGCGGCGCCUUUUUCUUUUUAGAUGUGAGGGAGACCAGGAAAUGGUUAGCUUAACCAUUUCCUAUGCACCAAGCUGUGCCAGCAGCCCAGGGGACCCUGACUUUGUUCCUUUGUAGACUGUGUUGAUACUGAGUUCCUGUUGGGACAGUCGGUUGGUAUAUGUCCAAAUCCCUACUGACCCCUGAUGUUCUAGCUAAUGCUGAGCAGCACAGUCCCAAUUCCCCAUCUCCCCAAGUAGGUGGUGUUAGAAAACCUUAAUUUUUUUUCCCUUUUGUAUGGACUACAAAUAAAACUUGGGGCAAUUUGCAGUUUGGAAACCUGGUUGUCAUUGUCUUGAUUGCAUUCAGUUUCAGAGGAGCCAGUUUGACAUCCAGGAAGACAUGACAGCUGAAGGGAAGGCAGCCAGGGAACCCACGGCAGAUGAGGAAAGGGGUUUGCAUGUGGGAAUUAGAAUGAUUUCCCUGCUGCCCAGAGGGAUUUAGCUUGUCGUUAUCCUGCUAGUCUGCCAUGUUUAGGCCUGGGAGAGUCCAGACCAAGUUGCUUGGAUUUCCUUGGCCCUCGAAUUGAAUUAAUCACAACAAAAUGCAGUGAAUUUAUUUCCCAUUUUUCUCUGCGUAUGUUUGACCAUUUUCCCUGACUUGUUUCCAGUUCAGAGACAACCUGCGCUCCAGCAGGAUGGUUCCGGGGUUUGGCUUCUCAAGUGAGAAGCAGGGAAUGGGCUGCUUUGGUGCUUAUGAGCUGGUGGAUCCUUCAGGCAGUGGGCUGGAGUGAGUGCUGGGGCUGGGACCCGGAAAAGAGCCAGUGGUGUGGGUGGUGAUGUGUGGUCUGCUACUGCCCUGUGGCUGGAGAAGGGCAGAAAUGAUUGGAAGCGGGUCUGGGGGAUUCUGGCCAUAGACCUGGUAUUUCGCCUGUUGAACAUCAUGGAGUGUCCUUCUGUGUCCUGCCAACUUCUGCCAUCAUAGUCACCCGGGAAUCACUUUCCCUAUCUCUACUUGUUAGGGUUGCCAGAUAUUUUUUCUUGCUGGGUUUAUAUUUGAAGGUGUAAAUACAGAUUCUGGGAAAGGGGUAAGGUGCAAGCAUAACUAAGUAGGGAUGUUGGAAUAAGGUUGAGGAAUCAAAGAUUGUUUUUAUGCUCCUAAUCUGGGACUGGGGGUUGAGAGGACCUGAGCAAAAAGUAUAUGACAAUUCCAAUCCGGGGCAAGAUGGAGGCUUAGGCUUGGGCUUGAUGAGUGAAUGGUAGAAGACUUGGGUGUCGUGAUGGGAAGAACUACUGAUGUUCCAUUGGGAAAGUGGGCUUUAGAGAUUGAAUUUGGGAGCCUGCUGGGGCAAGGCAAUUUUGGGGAGGGUGUGUGUCAAUCAGGUGGAGUUCAGGUGGGCUUUAUGCCUCCAGCUGGCUUCUUGUGAACUUGCCUGUUCAAAGUAGUUUACACCAGAUGUUCUCUUCUCUGCCCAAAGGGCAAAAGCAUAUGGUCUUCAUAACCAUGAGCUCUUACUUGUGGAUAUAAACAUGUAUCUCUGGGUAUUGGGACCAUUGCUCUUUUCCUUGCUUUUCUUUCUGCUCACUGCUUUGCCUUCAGGUGCUUUGCUGCUGCUCUUUUUUUCGCAGGACUGGGGGGGGGGGUAGUUUGAUAGGUUCUUGUCAUUUCUCUGCAGUGAAUGUAGGAUGGUCUGAGGGCCAAGCUAAUAAGCUUAGCUCUGGUUAUUACUCUGGAAAAUGGUGGGUUGGUUGAUUGUAGGGUUGUGAUUGUGGCCUGUGUAUUUGUAAUACUUCUUUGUUAAUGUGGCUUUCUGUCUUCCUUUCUUUCCAGUGAGGGUUCUGCCACUGUUCUGGUCCCUUUGUCUCUGUGAAAAAUAGCUUACUGUGCUCUUGGGGCCAGCAUUGAUGUUCUUUACUGCAGCCUAGUUCUUCAGUGAGACCUGGCCUAGAUGAUCGCCCUAACUGCCCAUCAUCUUCAGGUCCUGAUGCCCUUGCUGCUUUAGCUCUCAGGCUUCUCAUUGUUUAAGCCAGAAGGGGCUACAAAGCUAAAUCGUCUUAUCAUUUUCCUUUUUCUUGCAGAUUAUUUUUAAAUUCUCUCACCUCUUUUAUUUAAAUUAUGCUACCUCUGUUAAUCUUAUAGCCCACUACUCAUACUUUGCUUUUUGUGGAUUUCUGAUUUACAGGGUCCUGGAACUUGGAAACAUUUGGGUUGAAUGGAUGGGAGGACAGAUAUUUAAUGUGUGUUUUGGGAAAAUGGGUGGGGAAUGUGGGCUCCCAUUGUCUUUCAGAUCUUUGCACUUUUGCAUCUAUUACCUCUACAACUUGGCUUUCAUUGGAGAAGUUGUACUGGUUUAUUCUUCAAACAAGACCAUGUAAAGGCUUCUAUUCUAGCCUUGUCGCCUGCUCUCUCCUGAUGUUUGGACCUUACUUCACAUUCUGUCUGGGGUAGGCCUGGGGACCCAGCCUUUGUACUGGAGGUAAUGGGACUGUCACUGAGUGGUUAGCCUCUGUGGGUAGGCUACCUUCUCAUCAUGCUGAAGUCCAUGCAGACUGUUGGUCUCCAGUCAUUUUGUAGUGUCAAGUCAGUUGACCCAAAGCAACACGAGGUGGCUGAAGUCAUAAUGAAAAUAAGUUUCUUAGAUUUACUAGUAUGCUAUGUAGUUGGAAUUUGGGUAAUAGAGAAGUUAAGAUAGGUAGCAGGUGGAGAAUUUAUAUUCACCCAAAUUCUAUGGGCACCUUUAAAAAGGUCAUGAAGGGUAGAAUAUAGAGUUGUCCAGAAAACUAAAAGUUCUUAAAGUGAUUUCAAGUCCAGUUCUAAAUUAUUUGAAAUACUGUAUCUGUAAACACAGAUUCCCCUGUAUCUGGAAAUACAGUGUUCAUGUAGCUAAGCCCUUGGGUUGACCUUAAAUUUAUAGCCUGGGAGGCAGGACCUUUCUCAACAAACCAGUUAAAGUUAAUAAGCAUUGCUAGGGAAGUGGCAGGUAAGAAAGGAGAGGAUGGAGCAGUGCCAGUAGUUAGAGCACACUUUCUGGAGUCAGGAUUUAUUUGAUUGUAAAACUGGGCAUAGAGAGAAUUUCUGACAGUGACUAAGGGUGUCCUCUCUAAAGUCAGGUUUACUGAGUUUGAAUCUUGGUUCUACCACUUAGCUGUAUGAUCCUGUAUAUAUCAGGGACUCUGCCUCAGUUUUUCCUCUAUAAAACCAGGGGAUAAUAGCUAACAAAUAUUGAACAUGUAAGCACUGUUAAAAGUGCUUUUCAUAUAUUUAUUUCAUUUAAUCUUCAUCGAGACCCACAUGCAUUAUUAGGUAUUUCUAAACCUAUUUUACAAAUGGGGAAGUUGAUGUUAUAGGUUAAGUAACUUUUAUUAAGAGCACAUGGCUGGAAUGCAGCAGGUCAAGAAACUGAACCAGCCAUUUUGAACUGCCCAGGACCUUGCCUUGUAAUCAUGGUAAUAUUGUUGGAAGAAUUGAAUGAGAACAUUGGCAAAUGUAGGGCUUCAUUUGUCGUCACUGCUCAUUAUAUGCUAGCCAUCUCGUAGAAGUGAGGACGUUUUGGGGCAGUUGAGAUGGCCUAGUGGAGCACACAGCUGAGCAAAGGACUUUGGAUGUAGGAGUGAGGGUCUCACUUAAAAGUCAGUGAAGGUAGUGGAGGUUUAUAAUGAGGGGUACUUAGAAUUGACCUAAGGCGCUGGACCACACUGAUUCUGGUCACCUUCAGUCUUGGAACCCUAUCAUUGUCCUGGGGUCAGAUUCUUCUAGGUAUAGAGAAGAAAGAUACGGGGUAGGAGACCUGUGAAGAAGACAUUAAGGGAAGGCUAAGAGAGUAUAGCUGGCUGUGAAAUUGGAAGCCAGGAAGCUUGCUUGAUUGGCCUAGUGGCUCCCUCUGAACAUCCUUGGAGAAUCCUGGUUUUUAAUUUGAGCUCUUACUAGACCAGUAACUCAUCUGUGCACCAGGGGCCAGAGUUAUUGGUUAGUUAUAUAAAUUAUAUAUAUUCAAUCCCAAGGGUGUGAAAGUAAUAACGAUUGCUUAUCCACAUUUGAGGCUUCACUGUCAACAGUUUCUCCCCUAAAUUUGGAUUUGCCUCUCAUUUCCCUUUUGAGUCCAGGCUUUUACAUCACUUCAAGAUCUGCAGCCAGAAUAUAUUUUUGCUUGUCUCUGACAGUACAUCAGCUUUCUAGAUGACUGUGGACAAGUUACUUUACCUUUUAGGGGGUUGGUAACCUGAUCAGCAAAUUAAGAGUCACCAGUAUGGCAUCUACAGUGUUCCAGACCAGGUGCUUUUAAAAUAUCUCAUUCAAUCCCAUUCUCUGUAGUUGAGGUGGUAAGGUAGAGGAUUUGGACCAGAUGUCCUUAAUUGGAAGACUUUUAAUGGCUUCAGAGGGGAGCAAACAUUAAGCUUUAGUACUCUGUAAAAUAGUUGGGUAAAUGAACAUCAGCAUUGGAAACACUUGAACUGCAAAUCUUCCUACUAAAGCUUCAUUGUGAAGCAUUUUUCAAGCUGGUAAUCCUGGCAGUCAAAAGCUGGAGCGUAGGUAACCCCUGGAUUUGGGGCACCUGCAUUUCUGGUUGAGGGAAACUGGAAAGUAUACCAGGUGCUAACAAGUACUAGGUGUUCAUGUUCUUAAGUUGAUACUGACUGAAAAUCCAAAGUCAUUUCAAAGUUAUCAAGAAGUUAAUUCAUGCACUAAUUCACCCAUUUGUUAACUUACUCAAAUAUUUUAGUCCCUGCCAUGUGCCAUGUGCAGUUCUAACACUGAGGAUGUAGUAGGGAACAAGAAAAAGUCUCUGUCCUUGUAGAAGUAUUUACUGGGGGCAGGGGUGGGAGGAAGGUAGAAAAUGAAUAAAUAGAAUUUCAAGUGGUGGUAAGUAUUUGGAAAAAUAACAUGGAGCCAUAGGAUAGAGUUCCAAGUAGGGUUGGAGUUGGAGGACGUCUUCAGACGGGGUGGCCAGCAAAAGACCUGGAGAGAGGACAUUCCAGUCUGAGCUUGGGACAAAAAGAUCCAUGUGCUGGAGCUUGGGUGGGGGGGUAGGAAGGUUUGUUAAAAAGAUUGUUUCUGGCAAGAAACAGAUUGGGUAGAGUGAAUUUGAUUAUUUUCCCAAUUGCAAUUAGUUUUUAAAAGCAGGGAGAUGAUUAAAUGUGGUUUACUCAGUUGGAUGAGCUUACAAAAUAAAACAACUCCACCCAGAGUAGAGGGCUUUCAGAAGGUAAAUCAAAUAGAGAGAGAGAGAGAGAGAGAGAGAGAGAGAGACUGAGUGUGUGUGUGUGUGUGUGCGCGUGCGCGUGCACUUCAACGUAUCUUGAAUUCUGAUCCUGAGAAGAUAGAAUAUUGGAGAGAUUCCUGGUUUGAUAGAGUGAGUUGAUCUUAUAUGCUAUGGUAUUUUUGGAAGAAAGUUUAUCUCAAGAGCUAUUGGAAUGCAAAUUCGGAAGAUUAAACUGAAAGAAGCUGAGAAUUUCUAUGCCAGAUGAGUUUCCCUGUGCAGACUGAGUUGUGACCACCUCCUUAUGCUGGCCCUCUCAAAAGGGCACACAUACAGUUGACUAACAUGGAAUUGCUUUUCUUCAUCACUGAUUCUAUGGGUCUUUACUUGUAUCAGCAUCAGUUUCCACAAUGAAAAUGGACCAAGGCUAGCAACCACCACAUAUGUAAAUGUUGAAUUUUGACAUUUUUAGGUCCUUACCUUUUACCACUCUAUGAAUAAGUCUUGACCAGUUUUCCAUCAUGAGAUUUUUGAGUCAUGUCAGGUUUAAAAUCCAUUUCCAUAACUUUGACUUCACUUUCUUUAUGACCCCCACUCCUUUUUGGGGGCUGCUUUGGACUGUAGUAUGUUCUACUGUCAUCUGCACACCUUUCCUUACAAUUCACUGCUUUUAUCAUAUUUUUAGUUCGAGUUUUAAGUUCUUCGAUCCAGCAUUGCCCAUCCCACCUUAACUUCGUUUUCAAAAGUUGCCUUGCAAAGGGUCAUUGUUUUCUCAAUGAAUGUGGGAUUCUGAAGAAGACAGGAUGAGAAAGAAAACGUGAUGGGGGAGCCGGACCCUCUUCGAGAAUGCCAUUUUGAUUGAAUUUUGUUGUAUAGCUGGUUGUGAUUAGGCUCUUCCCUCCAAGGUCGGUUCUUGGAAUUUAAACCUAAAGCUCUGGCUGAUGGCGCCCAAUAAAAUAAAACACAAAA